AUGCAGUGGUUCCCAAGUUUACAAGGAACAACAAAAGCACAAACAGAGGAAGCAAAAGAAGCAACAUUAGAGAAAACAACACAAGGGUUGUCAUUGAUUGAGGAUGCCUUUGUCAAAUGCAACCAAGGGAAGUCCUUUUUCGGGGGUGAUAGUAUUGUCUACCUUGACAUCGCCUUUGGGAGCUACUUGGGAUGGUUGCGCGUCACUGAAAAGACAAACAACAUUGAGUUGCUGAACAAGGAGAAGAUGCGUAACCUCCUAGUCUGGGCUGACAAGUUCUGUGCUGAUGAUUCUGUCAAGGAUUACAUGCUUGACACUGCUAAGCUUGCUGAGUUUUCCGAGAUCAUUUUUGCUAGGUUUAAAGCAGCCGCUUCUACUUAA